AUGAAGAUCAAUGAGCGGACACUCGUACAAGUGGUGCACUCGCGACAGACGCCCGAAGACAAGAGCGGAUGGCUGUGGAAGAGGGGAGACCUGAAUAAGUCGUUUCAGAAGCGAUGGUGUGUUUUGAAGGGAAACCUCUUCUACUACUUCGACAAGAGGACAGAUCGCGAGCCAUUGGGUCUCAUAAUCCUCGAGGGAUGUCGUGUAGAGUUGGCCGAACACGAGACGGAAAUGUUUGCCUUCAAAAUAGACUUCGGAUCCGAUGACCACAACCAGACGGUCGGACACAACCACAGCCAACAGAGUUGCGCCCAAAUGCGGACAUAUGUCUUGGGAACCGAUUCACAGCAGGACAUGGAGUCCUGGAUGAAGGCGUUGAGCUGUGCUUCGUAUGACUACUUAAAGAUGAUUGUAUCGGAACUGCAGACCAGACUCGACGACAUCCAUCAGCUGCAGGAUAACCGGCGCCGUCAGAGGGACAGCGCCGGUGCCUCAGCCGCCGCCGGAGGCAGUGGUGGCCAACACAGCGCUCGCAUCAAUCCGUUCGACGCCGAAGUGCCGGAUCUAAUGGACGUGAAAGCCGUGGGCCAGAGCUUCCAGCCCUCGGACACCGGCAUUCUGUUCACUCGGCGCCCGUUCGCUGAGAUCCACGAGUUGUAUGGAUUCAAGUUCCGGGAAUACCUGCAACAGAAUCGCGACAAACAGAGACCCAACCUCUUAGACCAAUGA